CUUCCUGCCUUGCUGAAGGAGGGACGGCGCUGACGACUGGGAGGACGAAAGGAGAGCCAAGAAAGCUUUCAGAAAGCUAUAAAAGAGUGGGGAACGGCCCUGGUUUCCACCGUCCGUCGGGAAAUAAGCACCCCAGUUUUCCGUAGCUGCUGAAGUUGUCACCGAAUCGGCCCCGAAAAUGUCGACCAGUCGUCAGCUUAGCGAGAGCAGGGCCAUCCCGACCUGCAGGACGGUGUUGAUCAACGAUACAACGCAGCUACCUCAUGACUACUGUACCACCCCCGGAGGCACUUUAUUCUCCACCACUCCUGGAGGAACCCGGAUCAUUUAUGACCGCAAGUUUUUAUUGGACAGGCGUAAUUCUCCCAUUGCUCAGACUCCUCCGGCCCAUCUGCCUGUCAUCCCUGGAGUGACCAGCCAACGUGUCCUGAGUGAGAAUCAGAAGAAUGAAGCCAACAACCACGUCAACAACCAUGAUGGCAAGGCCACAACUGGUGAAGAUGCUCAGUUUGAAAUGGACAUCUAACCCACUGGAACCACACCAGCAUAAGAAAGUGACCUGGCAUCGUGCAUGCCAGUGGCUUGGCUUGUAGAAAACUAUGUUGUGAGCCCUCAUGGCAGCCAUCUUCUUUAGCUCUUUGUCUCUCUGCUGGAUGUAAUAUGUGUAAACCAUGAGGAUUCAAUUCAUCAUACGUGCACAUACAAAAUAGACAACUCUCAAAAUCUGGUAUAUUUAAGUCCAUUUUAAUUUUUACAGUACAAAUUAACAAUCACCCAAUACAGGAGUGGGCCUGAAGAAUCUCUACUCAGAAACAUUAGUCCAUUUCAGAGCUCAUCUACAAUUUUUUAUGAGUCAAGAUGUUAACCGAGCACUCUGAAAUUUUGAAACUAUUCCAGGUUAAAUGGGGGGAGAAAGUGGUAAAUUUGGGUACUGGCCUUAGAGUUAUUUAAAAGCUGCAGGCUUCAGGUUUAAAAAAAAAAAAAAAAACCCUUUUAAGCAUGUUAUUUAAGUGAAUUUUAUUAGAAUUUUCUGUUUAGUUUUUGAAACUACUUGAAAUGCUCCACAAUCUGUUAUCAUUUGGACUGCUUAGGUUCUAGUGAUGAUACGUAACAGAAUGCUGUGCUGUAUUUAUUUUCCCCAGUAGGCAAAGAUUUUGUACCAUUCCACAAUUUUAGUUUCCAUUACCAACACAAUUUUUGUUGUCGUUUUCACCUUUUUGGUUGGAAAAAAAAAAACACAUUUUUAAAUGAUAUUUAGGCUACAAUUGUUAAGUUUUGACAUCAUUAAAUGAUUGAAUGUAAAGUGAAAUAAUAAUAUAGCUCAUGAAAUUAAGCUUUUCUUGUACAACUUGAUUUCCUCUGGAGAUUAUCAAGCAGAAAUGACAACACUUUGGUUCAAGUUUUAUCUUUGACGGGAGCUUUGUAAUCAGGAUUCAGUUAAUAUAAGGACGAGACGAAAUCUGCCAGGUAUUCUUCAAGAACGUUGUAGAACAACAUGUCCCAGUAUUCACUUUACAAGAAGAUAAUAAAAACUUGAACUAAGUUCAGAUUUUUUUAAUAUGCAUUUUAUUUUCAAUACCGUUUUUUAGUAUUGAGGGUUUGUUGGGGUGUAAGCUCUGUCAGGACGGUGGGUUUGUUAUAUAGGUUAAGGAAAAAUAAAACUUGUUAUUUUGCAUUGGGCUUGAAACAAGCUGUCCUUUCAAUCUACAAAUUUGCCCCAGUGCCCUUAAUCUGUUUGGCAUUUACCUUUUCAUACGUUCCACCCGCCCAUGCCUUACUCUACAUGAGAUGCAGUGACUAGUUUCCUUGUCAUUAGUUUGUACUUUCCAACAGAUGUUUAUUUUUUCACAGGAGCACUUGAAGAGGUGAUAUUGUACUCAGCGAUUGAGCAAAACAUUUGAUCGUUUCGAUAAGUUUCUUCCUCAAACAGCUGUGAAGUUUGGAAGAACGAUGGUCUACGUGACAUUGUGGGAUUUUGAGGUUCAGAUUGUAAUACAGUAAAAGUGCCACUCACUCAUUUUACCCCUAUAUACUUUUAAAACCUCAGUCCUGCCUGCUAAUCCAAGUUGCAGCUAAUAACUUGGUAAAUGAGUUACCAUGCGGUUCAUGUUUUUCAAUUUUUUUCUCUAUGAUUGGAACCACUAAAUGAUAAUUGUCUUUCUUUUUCUUAUUGGCUUUGUAAUUAUUUAUGACAAAGUUUGCUGAGAAAUUCAUCAACAGGUUGCUGAAAUUGUUUGCUUUGGACCUUUGUUUAGCACCUUUGUUGCCAAUAAGUCAUUCUGUUGUGGUAUCAUAAUUCAAAUGGCAGAUUUAUUUCAGAUUUGAUUGGUUCAAAAAUGAGGCCUUAGUGAAUGAGUUUUUUUUUUUAAUGAAACGCUUCUAUAGCAUUUUGUUCUAAUUUCAAAUAAAUUUUAUUUCCAAUAAAACUCCAAUCCAAUGCCAGUGGACACUGUUGCUGCAAGAUCAAUAAAAAUUCUGUAACAA